CAGCGGCGAUAUCAACGCAAGUCAGUCAUACUCCAGUAAGUAAUCUUCUCUAUACUCUUUUUGCCACAAUUAUACUGCUCCUUCUCCGGGGUUCAAACCAGAGCAGAUGCUUGGGGGUCUUUUCGUUACAACCAGUGUUUGUAUUGACCACGUGUCCCGAAUACUAACAUCAAAAAGUUGUCAAUACACAAAGCUCGUCCAUAUUCAUUACAUUAGACAUGGACAGCACACUCAUCGCACGUGUGUCUUACGACGAAGACAUUACUCGUCACCAAGACGAGUCCCGCCAGCACCCUCACGGGUGCAUGUGCACCACAUGCAAGGAGACGAGGCAACGGGGCCUUCAGGCUCCAGCCGGACGAACCACUAAGAAGUGGUUCACCAAGAACGUCAAGCUGUGUCCCAACGAGGGAUGCGGCGCUAUGAUUCAGAAGGCCAAGGGUGGAAAGGGGGUACGAUGCGAAACUUGCGGGCACGAGUUUUGCUGGACGUGCCUCGAGCCUUGCAACGGGGCCAACCGCGAGCAUCACUGCCGUGGUAAGCGUGCCACUCUACGGAAGUGGCUUUCGUAUGCGGUGUCUGGCUACGGCCUUUCACCAGGCCUCUGGGAUACUUACCACAUGUUCCUGGACAUGUAAUCCCAAUACACGCACCACCUACCUCAUCCCCUCUCAUCGACC